AUGUCUUCAAGAACAUCAUUCAAACCAGUCGAGGUGCAGGUAAUUUACGGAGGAUGUGAACACGUAUUGAGAAAAACCCAGGUAAUCCCCAUUCAAGUGCCCACCAGCCAAACCCCCAAAAGCCAAAAGCGCAAUUCCGCUUCCUCCAACUCCUCGAAAUCAUCUCGUCGCAACAGCUGGAAAUCUUUCCUUUGCAACGGCGCAGAACAAGCUGAACAGGAAUCUGACCAUGAAGCAGAUCUCGAAUUUCAAUGCCAAGGACUUCAUUUGGUUGAUAACAUUCCCGGCUUAUGUCCAGAUUGCAAGUCCCGACAGGACCGUAUGAUUGCCGAGCAACAAGCACGAGACGCAGAAUUCAUUCGCAAACAAGUCGCCCAGGAACAAGACGAGGAACGUGCACGACAACGACGUGCAUACAGACACAUAGAGGAUAGACGCACCAAGUUCAGAUGUGAUAAGUGUAUCCGAGAGGAUUGCAAUCCCGUCGACAGAUCCGCAAACGAAGGAUUCUGCUGUGAAUUUGGACGAUCAUUCUGGAACGCCAAGCAGGAAGCUGAACGCAUUUCAGUCCCGGCUCGACAACAUCGCACACCUCACACGAGUGCCCCAACCAGUUCUCAAGUCCCCACCGCGGCAUUCAAGCGCAUGACAGUCGGCACAACACAAGCACGACAAGCCGCGACCCAGGCCGCGAAAUCCUACGGAUGGCAUUCUCAGCCUGACGAAUUGAACAGAAUCCAACCAGAACUUGUAUCACAAUUCGUCUCCAUGCCAGGAAAUCUGCCAGCAUCGUUGCCCGGACACCCUAUCCCAAGAUACGAGGAUGCCAACAUCGACGUCAAUCGAUGGAACGAGCAAGUACGCACCAACCACGGUACGUAUCCCAAAGCCGCUGCACCAGCACCAGACAGACCACUUCCACCGCUUCCUUCAUCAAGAAAGCAGCGACCUGAGCCUUUGAGAUUGCAACAAUCGACUGGACGAGGUGAAUUUCGCAAGGAAGCCCCACCCUCGAAGAGAGAUUCACAAGUGUCGGCGAUGUCAAGCGCGAGAGAUAUGGGCAAUGCAUCGCCAGUGUCACCAACCAACAGUCGUUGGCCAUCGAACCCUCCAAGACCAAGAAAGAGGGAGGGAGAACAUGCGUUGAAAACCCAAAUAUCGAACCUUGAACUAGAGAUUGAUGAGGCGUUGGAGAGCUGGCAACAACCACAGGAGAGAACCAGGAGAAACAGAAUAUGA